UUUUUAAAAUUACCGUAUUAUUGAGAAAAGUCCUACUUUCCACCUCCCCGUCUUUCUGCUUCAUUAAUUUGUGUCCACACUGCUUUGCUUUCUAUCCCUCUCUCUCACUCUCUCUGCACACCGAUCACCAUGGAAGCUGUUGGAGAGGCUCUUCUUUCCUCUUUCGUUCAACUCUUGGUUAGCAAACUGAAGUACCCCUCUGAUUUGUUGAAGUAUGCCCGCCAAGAGCAAGUCCACAAGGAGCUCGAGAAAUGGGAGGAAACACUGUCGGAGAUGCUUCAACUGCUCAAUGUCGCUGAGGACAAGCAGAUCAACGAUCCCUCCGUGAAAGCAUGGCUCGAACGUCUCCGGGAUUUGGCUUAUGACAUGGAGGACAUCUUGGACGAGUUUGGCUACGAGGCUUUGCGAAGAAAGGUGAUGGCGGAAGCUGAUGGUGAAGCCAGCACAAGCAAGGUACGCAAGCUCAUCCCUACUUGUUGUACUACUUUCACUCCCGUCAGGGCUAUGCGUAAUGUUAAGAUGGCGUCCAAGAUAACGGAGAUCACUCGCCGUUUAGAAGAUAUUUCAGCUCAAAAGGCAGGGCUUGGUUUGUGUUUGGACAAGGUGAAAAUAAUAACCCAAUCCAGUUGGGAAAGGCGGCCAGUCACUACCUGUGAGGUAUACGUACCUUGGGUUAAGGGCAGGGAUGCAGAUAAACAGAUCAUAAUUGAGAUGCUGCUUAAGGAUGAACCCGCUGCAACCAAUGUUUCUGUAGUUUCCAUCGUGGCCAUGGGUGGGAUGGGCAAGACUACUCUGGCAAAACUGGUGUACGAUGAUACUGCAGAGCCCAUAGCCAAUCAUUUUGCUCUGAAAGCCUGGGUUUCUGUAUCAAUUGAUUUUGAUAAAGUGGGAGUAACAAAGAAACUUCUCGACUCUCUUACUUCUCAAAGCAGUAAUUCAGAGGACUUUCAUGAAAUUCAACGCCAGUUGAAGAAUGCAUUGAGGGGAAAAAGAUAUUUAAUAGUUUUGGACGAUUUGUGGGGAGACAUGCGUGCUAAAUGGGACGACCUACGCUUCCCUUUCUUGGAGGCAGCAUCAGGAAGCAAAAUCUUGGUCACCACUCGCGAACGAGAUGUUGCAGAAUGGGUGGGGGGACCCAACAACUUACAUGUCCUCAAACCCUUAUCUGAUGCUGACUGUUGGUCGGUAUUUCAAAUACAUGCUUUCCAACAUAUAAAUAUCCACGAGCACCCGAAUUUGGAAUCAAUUGGCAGGAAAAUUGUAGAUAAGUGUGGAGGUUUGCCCUUGGCGGCAAAAGCACUUGGUGGCCUUCUGCGUGCUGAACGAAGAGAACGUGAAUGGGAAAGAGUAUUAGAUAGCAAAAUAUGGGAUUUACCUGACGACCCCAUCAUCCCUGCAUUGAGAUUGAGUUACAUUCAUCUCCCUUCACAUUUAAAGAGGUGUUUUGCUUAUUGCGCAAUAUUUCCCCAAGACUAUGAGUUUAUGAAGGAAGAGCUAAUCCCCUUAUGGAUGGCGGAGGGGCUAAUUCAACAACCAAAAGAUACUAGGAGAAAAGAAGAUCUUGGUGAUAAGUAUUUUUGUGAGCUAUUGUCAAGGUCAUUUUUCCAAUCGUCGAGUAGCAAAGAAUCACUAUUUGUGAUGCAUGACCUUGUUAACGAUCUAGCUAAAUUUGUUGCUGGAGAUACAUGCUUGCAUUUGGAUGAUGAGUUUAAGAAUAAUUUGCAAUGUCUCAUUCUUGAAAGUACUCGUCAUUCAUCAUUUGUUCGUCAUAGUUAUGAUAUCUUCAAAAAGUUUGAAAGAUUUUAUAAGAAGGAGCGCUUGCGCACAUUCAUAGCUAUUUCAACACAAAGAUAUUUUCCGACUCGCUGCAUAAGUUAUAAGGUGCUUAAGGAAUUGAUACCAAGAUUAAGAUACCUAAGGGUGCUCUCCUUGAGUGGUUAUCAGAUAAAUGAGAUACCAAAUGAAUUUGGCAAUUUGAAACUUCUAAGGUACCUUAAUUUGUCUAACACCCAUAUUGAAUAUUUACCUGAUUCAAUUGGCGGUCUUUAUAAUCUACAAACAUUGAUAUUAUCAUACUGCUAUAGGCUUACCAAGUUGCCUAUUAACAUUGGACACCUAAUUAACCUUCGACAUCUUGAUGUUAGAGGUGACUUCAGAUUACAAGAAAUGCCUUCACAAAUUGGUCAAUUAAAAGAUUUGCAGGUAUUGUCUGAUUUCAUGGUGGGCAAAAACAAUGGUUUGAAUAUCAAAGAGUUGCGAGAAAUGUCAAAUCUUAGAGGUAAACUCCGUAUUUCAAAAUUGGAAAAUGUGGUGAAUAUUCAAGAUGUAAGGGUAGCCCGUCUAAAAUUAAAAGAUAACCUUGAAAGAUUGACACUAGAGUGGAGUUUUGACUCGGAUGGUUCAAGGAAUGGAAUGGAUCAAAUGAAUGUCCUUCACCAUUUAGAACCUCAAUCGAAUCUGAAUGAACUCAACAUUUAUUCAUAUGGUGGUCCAGAAUUCCCACAUUGGAUAAGGAAUGGCUCAUUCUCUAAAAUGGCGGUUCUAAGACUCGAAGAUUGCAAAAAGUGCACAUCUUUACCAUGCUUGGGGCGGUUACCAUCGCUUAAACGGUUGAGGAUUCAAGGAAUGGAUGGAGUAAAAAAUGUGGGUUCAGAGUUUUAUGGAGAGACGUGUCUUUCUGCAGAUAAGCUUUUCCCAUCACUAGAGUCUCUACAGUUUGUAAAUAUGUCAGAAUGGGAGUAUUGGGAGGACCGGUCCUCCUCGAUAGAUUCCUCAUUCCCUUGCCUCCGUACGCUUACAAUUUAUAAUUGCCCUAAAUUGAUUAAGAAAAUACCCACUAACCUACCUUUGCUGACAGGGCUCUAUGUUGACAACUGUCCAAAACUGGAGUCUACACUUUUAAGGCUACCAUCUCUCAAGGAAUUAAGAGUCAAGGAAUGUAAUGAGGCGGUCUUGAGAAAUGGAACUGAGCUCACCUCAGUGACCUCACUCACCGAGUUAACAGUUUCUGGGAUUUUAGGGCUUAUCAAAUUGCAACAAGGAUUCGUGCGGUCAUUGUCAGGGCUUCAGGCUUUGGAAUUUUCAGAAUGCGAAGAGCUCACAUGUUUGUGGGAGGAUGGGUUCGAAUCGGAAAUCCUUCACUGCCAUCAACUUGUAUCCUUGGGAUGCAAUCUUCAGUCUUUAAAAAUAAAUAGAUGUGAUAAACUAGAGAGGCUUCCAAAUGGAUGGCAGUGCCUAACAUGCCUUGAAGAGUUGAAAAUCAUGCACUGUCCAAAGCUGGUGUCAUUUCCCGAUGUAGGUUUCCCACCAAAGCUGAGAAGUCUUGGUUUUGCAAAUUGUGAAGGUCUCAAGUGUCUACCUGAUGGGAUGAUGCGAAAUAGUAACGCCAGCAGUAACUCAUGUGUCCUUGAAUCCUUGGAGAUAUGCGAGUGUUCAUCUCUCAUUAGCUUUCCAAAUGGGCAAUUACCCACCACCCUAAAGAAACUAAGCAUACGGGAGUGUGAAAAUCUAGAGUCUCUUCCAGAAGGAAUGAUGCACUGCAAUUCCAUCGCCACCACCAACACCAUGGACACGUGUGCCCUUGAAUUCUUAUUUAUAGAGGGGUGUCUGUCUCUGAUUUGUUUUCCGAAAGGUGGGUUACCUACCACUCUCAAGGAACUCAACAUAAUGAAGUGUGAAAGGCUAGAGUCUCUACCAGAGGGAAUAAUGCACCACGAUUCCACCAAUGUUGUUGCUCUUCAAAUCCUGGAUAUCUCUUCAUGUUCAUCUCUCACAUCCUUCCCAAGAGGGAAGUUUCCUUUCACCCUUCAACAACUUCGGAUUCAGGAUUGUGAACAACUAGAGUCAAUUUCAGAGGAGAUGUUUCACCCUACCAAUAAUUCACUUCAAUCUUUACACAUCCGGGGGUAUCCUAAUCUCAAAGCCCUGCCAGAUUGCCUCAACACCCUUACAUAUCUAAGUAUUGAAGAUUUUAAAAAUCUGGAAUUGUUGCUUCCUCGAAUAAAAAACCUCACUCGUCUUACAGGGCUUCACAUCCAUAAUUGUGAGAAUAUCAAGACCCCCCUAUCCCAAUGGGACCUUUCCGGACUCACCUCUCUUAAAGACCUUUCCAUAGGAGGCAUGUUUCCAGAUGCAACUUCCUUUUCGAAUGACCCCCGCUUGAUUCUUCUUCCUACAACUCUCACCUCCCUUUCCAUUUCACAAUUCCAGAAUCUGGAAUCCCUAUCCUCCCUGUCUCUCCAAACCCUCACCUCUCUUGAACGGCUAUGGAUAUACAAUUGCCCGAAGCUCCGGUCAAUUUUGCCAAGGGAAGGACUGUUGCCUGACACCCUUUCACAACUGCAUAUGUGGCAGUGCCCAUAUCUAAAACAAAGGUACUCGAAGGAGGAAGGAGAUGAUUGGCCCAAGAUUGCCCACAUCCCUUGUGUGGGGAAGAUGUGAGCAAUAAAUAAGGUGCAUUUUUAGUGCUUAGAAUGUAAAAAGGAGAGAGAAGAUGAAUUCCCUUUAUAGAUGGAUGACAAACAGCUUCUUGGCAAAAUUAUCUUCAGCUACAUUAUGCUCAAAUGGGUUGCACAUCCUGUUGGAGCGACAAUGUCAAAUAAGAUGUACAUUAUACAAAUAUUUGAACAUCUGAGAAGUAUCUGAAUCUGGAAACUACCAGUGUGCCUUUACAACCUUAGAAUUCCUCACAUAAGAAAAUGUGGAUCUCAAGUCCCUACCUCAUCAGAUUCAGAGUCUCACAUAUUUUCAACAGAUUCAGAGUUUCACAUCUCUUCACAUAAUCUCAGAAUUCUUCACAUUGUCCAAGUUCUAGACUUCUUUCAGAAAGCAAUGUCACAAAUACAAUUGCAAGGGUAUCAAGACACCCUAUUUUUGUGGGCCCUCCAAAGGUACGCCUCUCCCAAAACUCAGUUAAUUCAUUUUAUAUUGUGCAUAUUUAAAUGUAGUUUCCUUUUGACAACAUUUCUUGCUACAACUCUCAUUGAUCUUUCAAUAAAAAGAUUUUAGAAUUUGGAAUCCUUAGGCCCCUUCCUUGGCCUUCAAAAAUUCAUCUCUCUUCAACUUGUAGAGAAUAAAGAGUGCCCUGUUCUAGUCCUCCUUGCCAAGUGAAAGGCUAUCUGCUGAAUUUUGUUGAGUGUGUACUUCUAAAUCAAAGAUGUUUGAAGAAGAAUGAUGGAGAUUGGCCCCAGAUUGUCAUCUUCCCCUAAUGUGAGGAUAGAUCAUAAGCUCAUUUUUGAACCAUAUUAAGUUCAAAUUGCAAAAAUGGGUGUUGAGGCAAUUCAACCUAUCAUAUCCUUACAUUCAAAAAGGUAACUCUUAUUCUUAACACACAUUUCUUACCCUUUUAUCUGCACAAUACCAUGUCAAUUUCUCAUAUUGAUUUUGAUUUCUACUAGUGGUUCAACUAUUUAUGAAAAUCUCCAUGGAGUUAUUUUGAAAGUUUGACUAGGAAGCAGGUUUUGUCAAUCUCUCUCAUGGUUCAAUGUAAGCAUCUCAAGUUCUACCUCUAAUGAAAUCUUGGUAAUUUUCUUUUAGGUGCUCUCAAAGCAGUUUUAGUUGGAAAUUUGACAUGCAGGAAUGGGAUAAAAAAUGACAAGGAAAGGUCUUAUCUGACAUCAAUUACAAAUUAGCAUGGAUGCCUUCAUUUCAAUUUUCUACAACACAACAUGUUCUUAUGUCUCUUGGAAAGUUAAGAACCUUGUUUAAAAUUCGAUUUGAACAAUGUUUGAAGGGAAUGACACUUUUUGGCAUGUCCUACUAUCUUGAGUUGCACAAGUCAGAGGCUCAAAGAGCACAAACUCUUAUGACUGGAGGGAAGACAAUUGACUUCUCAAUCUAUGGUGAGCAGUGAGCAUUCUAUUGUGAGUUGUAUGGUAUUCUUUGAAUUACACACAACUUCAUUUAGCUUGCAAAUACUUAAUGCAAUUGUGCAUGGCCAUGAAAUGAACUCAUACUCAACACAAUUGUGAGUUUCUUUUGAUUUUAUACAGAUUCAUGGGUGAAAAAACCUCCUAGUAACUUUGAACUUUAACAUUAAUAUCUUAGGAAUAUUUGGUUGUUGCAAUACUAAUGUUUUUAAGAAAGCAGGUUACAAUAUUCAUAGGUGAAAAAAUCUGUGUAACCUCCUAGUAACUUUGAACUUAAACUUUAAUACCUGAGGAACAUUUGGUUAUUGCUAUGCCUAAUGCUUUUUGGAAGCUGGUUACAGUAUUCAUGGAUGAAAAAAAUCUGUGUUUUUAUUUUUUUAUUUUUAAUUUUAAGUAGAUUCAUGGCCUUUAUCAAUUCCUUGCAUAUUCCUAAUAUUAUAAAGCUUACCUGUUUUCCCAAAUUGCUAAUGGCAUGAUAGAAGUGAAAGCAUUAAAUUGUUAAUUGAAAGAAAUAAUCUGUUUGCAGUAAGAGAUUGGAGAUAAGAUUACAACAUGAUCUCAUGUCCUUGGUAAUUUGUAGAUUGAGGGUUUUCAAAAGGCUUUGCCCCAAUACCAUUAAAAGACGAAGAGCUGCCAUGAAAGCUACUAACAUUGGUACCUUGUAUCUCAAAGUUUCAUAGAGUUGAUAAUCGAAUUGGUGCCAAGACCUGGUCUUUUUCCCAAGAUAGGUGUGUUAUUCAUGCCAAAUAUAUGCCCUAUUCAAAUUAUAGGGCUUUGGAUUCCUUAAUGAUUGGAAUGAUCUUCGGAAUUAUUGCAUAUUUCCAAAUGUCAUGUCACAUCUUUCCAAUAGGCCAGUGUCCUUCAGUGUUCUAAAUUGUGGAGAUCACGAGUUGCUAAAAUUUGUGGUCUAUAUUAGAGAAGAAUUUUUUUGUGCUCUCUCUACUGGCUGCAUCUCUUGCCCUUGCAGCUGCAUAUCUUUUAAUCCUCUUUGGUGAGAAAAGAAUAAAGAAUAGGAAAAAGUUGUCCCAUGAUGACUCACAUUCCUAAAGCUCGAGUUGAUAAUGUACCUUACUCAUAUUGAACAGUGAGAAAUGUCAAAGACAUCCCUUAUCUGAGUAAGGCCUUCACAGACUCAUGACUCUGAAACAACUCAUGAUUGAUAGUAUACUUUAAGAUACUUUCAUAUGUAUCUCAUGUAUAUUUUCAUGUAAAGAUUCCAGAAUCCAUGACUUCCCUACAUCACCAAGACCUUACCUAAGCUCCAGUGGUAUUUGGCAACUAAAGGAGAACCCUGUGAUUGUUUCAGAGCGAUACAUCAGACACAACUUCUAAAUCCAAUGAUGAGACAUCAGUUCAAGAUUGCCCACAUCUCCUAUUUGGAAAUAGAUGGAGAGAUUCAUCUUUGAUCCGUAAUAGUUUGGAUUCCAAAAAUGGAAGCACGUGGAGUUCACCCAAUUCUAUCCAUAUAUUCAGUGUACUGACAUGCCAAUUAGAUAUCUGGAAUUUAUAUGUUGUAAUGAAUGAGAAGCUACCAAGAGGGUGCACAACUUCAAGCCUCCUAGUGAGUUAAUAAUUGAUGGUUGAAUGCCCAAGACACAUCUUUUUUCUAGGGACAAGUUUUUCAUCCAAUGCAAGAAGGCUGACAGUUCAAAAUUGUACAUAGGGCUCUGCUGUUGUUACUUAUUAUGAUUCACAAUUCAUGCAAUAGCAAGUCUCUAGAAUUCUUUCAGAAUUCUAAAUACCCUCUCAUGUGUGUCCAAGAGGCCGGCUUCUUGCAAUAUUCCUAAUGAAGGUGGAGAUCCUAAGUUGCCAAAUUUGGGGUGUAGAAUAUAUGAAUGUUGUCAAAUGAAAAAGAAGAAUACUACUUCUCUUGAAUACCGAUUUAAAGGGUUUUCAAAAGCAUUUUCUCCAGUAUCAGUGGAGGAAGACGAGCUGCCACCGAAACAACUAGCAGCUUUGAUUGAGUUGGUGUCUCAAGUCUCCCAAAGAACUCGCUAUUGAGUUGGUGCUCAAGACAGUCUACUUCCCCAAGAUAGGCUAGCUUCCUCCGGUGCUCUAAAAUGUGGAGAUUACAGGUUGCUAAAAUUUGUGCGUCUAUAUUAGAUGAAGAUUGGGUGAUUCAGAAGAACAAUUACAGAUCCCUUGGAUCAUGUAUGUUGCUCAGUCUCCACAUCAUGGAGACAUCAACUAAGCUCCAUUUGUAUUUGGCAAGUGAAAUUAUAUAUGAGAGACAGAACCCCUAAAUCCAAUGAUGAGAGAUGACCCAAAGAUAGCCCACACCUCCUAUGUGAAAACAGAUGGUGAGAUUCAUCUUUGAUCUAUAAUGGUUCACUACAAUAGCAGAAGCGAGGAGAUUAACCAAAUCCUAGUUUCAUACCAUUGAAAUUUCCUACAAGUGGAGCUAUUUGGUGAAUUUUGCACUUUCCUUUUUGUUAAAAAAAACUCUCUUGAGAGUAGAUUUUUUCAGCAAUUACAAGCUUUAUGACUUCACAUUUACUAUUCAAUGUGUGUUUCUCUUGUUGAUCCCUCCCACAGUCCCAUGUAAGCAUCAGUAUUUCUGUCUCUCCCAACUCAAUGUUUCACACAACUUUAUCCUUUAACUGGAUGAGUUCAUUUAUGUUAAUAAGAUUUUCUUUUUGGUGAAUUGCUACAGGAUUCCUUCUAUGAUGGGUUAUUUAACUUCACUUUCAACAUAGCUUCUAGUUCAUUCAGGUGUGGUGAAAUUGGCACUUGGAUAUCUACAAAUCAUAUAGUGCAAUAUAUAAGAAACCACCAAGAGGGCGCACAACCCUGAGUCUAUUAGAGAGAUGGUUGCAUGCCCUGGAAACAACUCGUUCCCAGGGACAGAUUUAUAUAUAUAUAUUUCGAGUUGUUAUUGAUUGGAAUGAUUCAAAAGUAGCAAUGGGCCUUUAGGAUUCUUUCAGAUUCCUAAAUGCCCCAUUUGCAUGUCUUUCCAAGAAGCCAACUUCCUGCAAUCCUAAUGAAGGUGGAGAUUCUGAGUUGCCUAAAUGAAUGUUGUCAAAAGAAAAAGUAGAACAUCACUUCUUGUGAAUACCGGUAUGUUGCUGAUCUCUAUCUCUCACUUCAUUAUCAAGAGGUGCGUUACCUAAUGCUUAAACACUUUGGUAGUUAUGAUUGUGGAAAAUAGAUUUUGGGUGGUAGAGAAGGGAAUAAUGCACCACAACACGUUUCUUGUACAUCUUACAAUGAUGCUCUUCCACAAUGAUCAAAAGAAACAGAGUCAUCAAAACCAAGCAAUGACAUGAUUUUUCCUCAAGGAGGAAGGAGAAGGAAAGGAGAGGAAGCAAUCCAAUGCAAAGAUACAUUAGAUUGCUGUGUCUUGAAAGGGGAUGAAGAGAUGGAGAACAUAGGUUGCUUCUUUUCGGUAACAUGAAGAAGUCGUGAAGGCAAGUUGUUUGGCUCGACCAAGAGAGGAAGAAACAGAGAAAAAGAAUCCAAGGUUCAUCAGAGGAUACUAGUGUGACGUUACACCCUUGUAAAUUUAAACAAGCAACUCCUUUGAAAAAGGUUCACAUGAUAUAUAUCCAUGAGUGCUACACUUUUGUAAUUCAUUGAACUGUCAUGCCACAAACUGUGUGGAUCAAUGUAUUGUGCUAUUACAGUCA